AAUUCGCGCGACAUUAUUUCGAAUGUGUCCAGCUCGUGCUGUUGACAACCAUGACAACGGCGCUUAUAAGUGCUCUGAGCGUCCUUACCAAACCUGUUCGAGAGGCUAAUCCGAGUGGCCCACAAACAACCCAACAGGAUGUCCUCUUGUCUGCUCUCCAGAGGAAUCAGGCAGAACUGAAGCGAAUGUUAGAUGGCGGAGAGCUGGAGGAAGGCCGCUGUUUACUGGAGGAAGUCAGGAGCGAGACACAGUGGUUCUGUGUUCACACUGAGGACCUCACCUGGAGCUUUGUACAGGAAUGCCUCCUCCUGCUGCUAUGCUUGGCACGCCACCUCAGCAGGCUGUUGGAGGCUUUUAACAGGGACUCAAGUCCUGCUAUUCCAAACCCCCGUGCUUCAGAGGCAGCUCCACCAUUACCUCCAGAUGUCCUGAGUGUAGCUCAACAGAAGACCCUAGGCACCGUGCUACAGUUUCUUGUCACCCUGGGCCUGUGUCCAUACUUGGUACCUGGGGUGGGGGUGAGUCUGGCGCUGCGAUCGGUGUUUGGGGUUGCCGUGGAGGGUGCAGUGCGUCGUGACGUGGCCCCACCCUGUGAACGCAGACUUCUCAUAACCACUACCGUUUUUCUUGAGGUGGCUGCGCUGCCGUCAUUGGCCACUCUGGUCUUUACUCGUCAUUUAGGUGAUCUGAUGGCAGCGCUUUGCCAGCUAGGGUAUCGGCCUCAUCGACCUGAAGGAGACAGUGCAGAGAAUAAUAAGGGUCUCACUGUGGAAGAGCGAAAGAAAUGCAAAGAAGAACUUCAGAGUCUUCUGGGAAGAGUUUAUCAGCCAGUUGCCAUCAAGGAACUGCUGGUUCUUCAGGGGGGCCCUAAGGCAAUUCCAGGCUCCAGGUUGCCUCAGGCUCCCCCCUGGUUGAGGCGUCUUUGUGGCCAGCUGCUCUCUGAGAGGUUGAUGCAGCCACAUGGGGUCCAAGCGGUGGUCAGAGCAAUCCUGGAGGGAUCGGGAGGUGGAGACUCAGAUUGGAGAAAAUGUGAUGCCGUCGCCAAGAUACUGGCAACUUGCCCCCAACAGUCACUCUCUGCUGAGAGUUAUUACAGUCAAGUGUGCCCACAGGUUCUAGAUCUACUCCAUUUUAAGGACAAGAUAACAGCACUGCAGUUCCAGCGAGUGGCCACCAGGACGGCGCUCACCAUGGUGCAGGAUCAGCCUGAGUUUGCCCAGCGCUUCUUACUGUCUCCUCUCCUCUCACCUUUACAACACUGUGCAUCAGUCCCAGAGGCAGCAAGUGUUCCAGGAGAGGAUGUUGUACCUGAGUCAGAGCUAACCUGUUGUAUGGAGGAUGUAUAUAAAAUCUGUGUCGUGGGUAACAGCCCAUCAGGAAUGCUGCUGAGUGCUCUGGGGGAAGUAAUUCCCACAAUCGUCAGUCUGUUUUGUUACACCAAACAAAAUGUCUCUCACCUGCGCAUCCCCUGUCAGGAGAUCUUGCAGUGGUACCUGUGUCAUGUGGAGCCAUCAUCAGCACUUUUACUGCUCAAACACCUAUGUGUCGUGCAGGCGGGUGGAGGUGGAGUUGCACCUGGCUACCAUUUCUCACCUGGCAGUGAAGGAGGCGUCAGGCUCGUCCGUAAAGAUCCAGUCAGUGAUGAAGAUGACGCUCUGUAUGAGAGAGUGUCUGGGGAUCAGUGGAAAGUGGAGUGUGUUGUGCAGCUCUUGGCUGAGAUGAAGGAAAUCGACGUGCCUGGAGAAUUAUUUCUCUCGCUUCUGCAGGAUCUGACAGACUUGGCAGUAGAGCAGCAGGAGCCCGAGAAGGAAGUAGACACAUCUUCCAUGACGUUGCUGGAACUGGAGAAACACCUCACAGGGUGUGUGAGCAGCUAUGGUCAGAGGCUGGCUCUCCUACAGACUCUGGCUGUUAUGUGUGAGAUUCUGCCACACACACAGCUACUGCGUAAGGCCACCCAGGUGGUGAGCUUCAUAGAGGCCAUGCUACAGAGAGCAUGUGUGGGUCUAGAACAUGGUUCAGAGAGCCCAGUUGAAAGUCAGACUCUAAGUAUGGGAAUGGGGCUAGUGGCCACUCUGCUGUCUGGAGCUGUACAGCUGACUCCAGAGGACUACUCUUCCAUGGCCAGGCUGCUGGCUCCUCUGGAGCAAAUUUCACAGCAGCACCCAGAAUCAGUGAUCCAGGAGCUGGCAUCAGAUCUGCGGGCUACCAUAGCCACACGAGGGGCUUAUCACUCAGACUCUGUGACUAAUGCUGCUCAAUGCUACAGCCAUAGUGGUUAUGCUCAAACAAAGAAUCGGGUGACAAGCCAAGACAAAGGAAAUCCUAUCAAACCUAGUGGAAUCUCAGAGAGGCCAAAAGCUCAUGAUGGUCAGAACAUUGAGAUGAUGCAUGUCAUUCCACAGCCAUCUAAGGUUACAUCUACCUGCUGUGCAGUCAGUGCACAGUCUGUUGCCUCUGUGCCUUCACAUUCCCAAAAUACAGCACAUCUUGACACAGUUAGUAGUUCUACAGAUGUGGGGGAACAGGCCCAGAGUAUUCAGCAUAGAGAUGAAAGAAAUGGAAAAUCGUUUAGACCGAAGCCUGCUGACAGCACACCCACCUCUGCUUCCACUGCUCCCACUCAAGAGAACGUCUUCCAUGAGUGGCUGCUGGAGGCCUGUGACCCUGAUGUGCCCACCCGGGCCAUGGCACUGCGAGCACUCAACAAGUGUGUAAAAGAGGGAACCAAGGAGGCAAAACAGGCCCACGACAAGCUUCUGAUGAUUGGGUUUUCUAGCAGGACAAUGCUCCAUGCCACACAGCCAGGUCAAUCAAGGUGUGGAUGGAGGACCACAAGAUCAAGACCCUGUCAUGGCCAGCCCAAUCUCCAGACCUGGACCCCAUAGAAAACCUCUGGAAUGUGAUCAAGAGGAAGAUGGUCACAAGCCAUCAAACAAAGCUGAGCUGAUUGAAUGAAUUUUUGUGCCAGGAGUAGCAUAAAGUCACCCAAGAGUAAUGUGAAAGACUGGUGGAGAGCAUGCCAAGACGCAUGAAAGCUGUGAUUUAAAUGUCAGGGUCAUUCCACCAAAUAUUGAUUUCUGAACUGAUCCUGUGUUCAAAAAUUAGUAUUGCGUUGUUUAAAAUUGAAUAUGAUCUUGAUUUCUAUGCAUUAUUCAAGGUCUGAAAACACUUCAUCUUUUUUGCUAUUUUGACCAAUUGUCAUUUUCUGCAAUUAGAUGCUCUGACAAUAUUUUUUGAUGUGGAAUUUGGGGGAAAUGUCAGUAGUUUAUGGAAUAAAAUUAAAAAUGUUCAUGUUAAUCAAAACACAUACCUAUAAAUAGUAAAGCCAGAGAAAGUGAUAAUUUUGCAGUGGUCUCUUAAUUUUUUCCAGAGCUGAACAUUCAAAUUCAUGGUUGGUGUAAAAUGAUCAUGUAAUAGACAAAAAUAUAAUAGUGGGAAUUGGUAUUAGUUGUAAAAGAGUAUGUUCAUGCAUUGUUAAGUCAAGUCAAAGUCCCUCUCACGCCAGAAUCUGGUCUUCCCAGGCAGUCUCCUGUCCCAGUACUAACCAACUCUUUAAGGCAUAUGGGUGUGGCGCUGAUCUCGGUUUCGAUAGCCCUCGGCCUCUCACCUAUACAGCUAGGCUUACAGUGGGGGGGCUAGUCCUCUGGUAAUCACGGGAGUUUGACUUCCCUACUUGCAUCUGUAUUGCAGCGUGCCUUGCCAGACAGUAGUAGGUACCAUUUUUAUGACGGUCUUUGGUAUGAUCCAACCGCGAGCAGAACUCUCGAUCUCCCGGUUGAGAGGUGGACACGCUAACCACUAGGCCAACUCGUGGUCUUUGUGCAUUGUACAGUUUCAUAAAUUAAAGAGUUACUUUAGAAUUCUACACAAUGGCAAAGCUGAGCUCUGGAUUCAAACUGAUUUCUAAUCUUCAAUAACCUCAAGCCAUAAAAAAGCAAUUAUAGCCAGUUCAGUGGAUUUAAUUUGUAUUCAUUACUGGGUUUACAUUAAAUAUGUACUGAAAUUUGGGCUCGUCCCUUACUCAAGUGUUGUAUGGGUAAUUAGACAAGUCAUUACUUUCAGUUAAUUUUGCCACAGUGUUUAGUGAUGCUUUGUCUGCA